CAGCUUCCCAGGUGAGCACGCCGGCAUCAGGACAUGCACGGGCACAGCCGAAACGGGCAGGCCCACGUGCCCCGGCGGAAACGCCGUAACCGCUUCGUCAAGAAGAACGGCCAGUGCAACGUGUACUUCGCCAACCUGAGUAACAAGUCGCAGCGCUACAUGGCUGACAUCUUCACCACCUGCGUGGACACGCGUUGGCGCUACAUGCUCAUGAUCUUCUCCGCGGCCUUCCUCGUCUCCUGGCUCUUCUUCGGCCUCCUCUUCUGGUGCAUUGCCUUCUUCCACGGCGACCUGGAGGUCAGCCCAGCGGUGCCCGCAGCAGGCGCCCCGGCGGGCAGUGGUGGGGCAGCCCCGGUGGCCCCCAAACCGUGCAUCAUGCACGUCAACGGCUUCCUGGGAGCCUUUCUGUUCUCGGUGGAGACGCAGACCACCAUCGGCUACGGAUUCAGGUGCGUGACGGAGGAGUGCCCGCUGGCGGUCAUCGCCGUGGUGGUCCAGUCCAUUGUGGGCUGCGUCAUCGACUCCUUCAUGAUCGGCACCAUCAUGGCCAAGAUGGCACGUCCCAAGAAGCGGGCGCAGACGCUGCUGUUCAGCCACCACGCGGUCAUCUCGGUGCGUGACGGCAAGCUCUGCCUGAUGUGGCGCGUGGGCAAUUUACGCAAGAGCCACAUCGUGGAGGCCCAUGUGCGGGCCCAGCUCAUCAAGCCCUACAUGACCCAGGAGGGCGAGUACCUGCCGCUGGACCAGAGGGACCUCAACGUGGGCUAUGACAUCGGCCUGGACCGGAUCUUCCUGGUGUCGCCCAUCAUCAUCGUCCACGAGAUCGACGAGGACAGCCCACUCUAUGGGAUGGGCAAGGAGGAGCUGGAGUCAGAAGACUUCGAGAUCGUAGUCAUCCUCGAGGGCAUGGUGGAGGCCACCGCCAUGACCACCCAGGCCCGCAGCUCCUACCUGGCCAGCGAGAUCCUAUGGGGCCACCGCUUCGAACCGGUGGUCUUCGAGGAGAAGAGCCACUACAAGGUGGACUACUCGCGCUUCCACAAGACCUACGAGGUGGCUGGCACGCCCUGCUGCUCCGCCCGGGAGCUGCAGGAGAGUAAGAUCACCGUGCUGCCCGCCCCGCCACCCCCGCCCAGUGCCUUCUGCUAUGAGAACGAGCUGGCCCUCAUGAGCCAGGAGGAAGAGGAGAUGGAGGAGGAGGCGGCGGCCGCGGCUGCUGUGGCUGCGGGCCUGGGCCUGGAGGCGGGCUCCAAGGAGGAGGCGGGCAUCAUCCGGAUGCUGGAGUUUGGCAGUCACCUGGAUCUGGAGCGAAUGCAAGCCACACUCCCGCUGGACAACAUCUCCUACCGAAGGGAGUCCGCCAUCUGACCUCCAGGCCCGCCCUCUUUGCUUCCUGGGAGAGCCUCUGCCGGGGAUGGGAUGUCAGGACACCCCCGCCCACACUCAGGACAGAGCAGACUCUGGCUCAGGGCACCUUCUGGAGGGAGGCAGGGGCUUACAGGACUGGGAGACCCCUGCCUGCCAGCUCCAAAGCACAAGCUAGGAUGGGCCCAGGAGGCCCAGGACACCUUGUCAGCCCGGCUUCUCCAGCCCCUACCCACAGGAGGCUCUGGGACCCCAGGUCACCACCCUUUCCCCACCGACCCUUGGAGGACAUGCCCCUUUGCUCUCAGGACCUUGGGAA